UUACACAUACAUAUAUACAUUUGUCAACAAUUGCGUUCUUUCAGUAGUCUGUUUGUUGCCAACAUACACGUCAGAAAUGCAGAGAGUUUUCCAUCAUUUCUUUCUAUUAGGUUACAUAUUUCAAACAAUUUUUCUCUACCCAUGCUGCGUAACUUUAGAAACCUUUCUGACACCAAAUUAUAAGACAGAUAAUUGGGUUGAUCCAAAAGCUUGUAACCCUCGCACAGCAAACAAGGCAGGGGAAUCCAAGUCCGAACAGACAGUGUCUGAGAAUCAGACUAAAAAGGUCUUUGUUGGAGGACUUCCAUUUGAUGUUGAUGAAGGCGUUUUAAUAAAGUUUUUCUCAAAAUAUGGCAAGGUGAAGGAAGCUUCUAUCAUGUAUGACUUACAGAAAGGAAGAUCUCGAGGUGGAAUGCAAGCGAGCUGAACCUCUUGGACGUAUGAAAGGCGACCAAAAUAGUGGUCAGGCAUUACCAUCGUCACUAGAUCAACUUCAGCAUCAGUUGAUGCUGCCAAAAGACCAGGUCCCAGACGGACUGUCGGCGUGGAGGCCCACUGCUGCUGUACUUACUGACAAUGGAAAUAUCGGUGCUAAACCUGGCUUUGAAAUGGUCAAUGGCACCAGCACUGCUAUUGGAGAUGCUGCAGGUUGUAGUAACAUUGAUGCAAAUGGUGUGCGUAGCAACCCAGCUGGUGUUUGUGGUGCUGCUCUGCCUUACGUUGCAAAUCCCCCGGCUAGUAACGGUGUGAAGGUCUCCAUGUACCAUCAACUUGUUAGCUAUCCUGGGAUUUACUCUGUUAGUCAGCAGCAGCAGUUUCAGCAACAGUUGCAACAACAACAACAACAACAGCAGCAGCAGCAACAACAGCAGUUGCAACAACAACAACAGCAGCAGCAGCAGCAGCAACAGCUGCAACAACAACAACAACAACAACAGCCACAGCAACCACAGCAACAAUCGCCACAACAGCAAUCUUUAAUGCCAGUUCCGCCGCCACAAUCAGUUGUUCCAACAACAAACCAACCUAUCCAGUCAGAUGGUUACGGACAACAGACUGCUCCUGUAUAUGUUGCACAAUCGGUACAAUCUAGGCAACAGCCCCCGCAAGGCUACCUUACCUCUUGGGGACAGCCACCCCCUUCUGUACCACCAGCAAACUUUGGUAACCCACCUUCUGGUCUGCCUGAAUAUACUUUUCAAGGACCAAUCCAGGACCAAGUAAGCUCUCAGGUUUACAAUCAGUGGAAUGACAGAGCCCAGCAAGGCCUGCCUAUCACAAUGCCUUCUCAACAGCAACAACACCAGCAGCACCAACAGCAACAACCACAACAGCAGCAGCAACAACCACAGCAACAGCAUCAUCAACAGCAGCACCAACAACAACAGCUUACUCAAAGCAAUCAGGGUCAACUGACUACUACACCACUACCUCCAGCUGUUGCAAGUAGCUAUCAAGGAUAUUCACAGAUGCCUCUCUUAGGACAAACCGUUCCUCCACCUCCUAACUAUGGAAUUCCACAGCAAACUCUGUCACAGUCACCAGCCUUACCUCCUACUGUACAGUAUGCCAAUUACAGUAAUUCCAUACCUACUGUGGCUAGGAAUGGAUCAAUGCCACCCGGGAUUGCCAUGACACCAGGUGAAUCAGCACAAACUAGUUUCAACUAUUUGCCUCCAGAGAAUGGUUAUCAUCAGCGUCCCCAAAUUUCCCAAGGCUACCACCCUUAUCGACGUUGAUGGGUGUGUGGUCAGUUCAUAUGGCCGUUUUUACUGUUGUUAAUGUUAAAACUGUUUUUUUUUUUUUCGGACUCAUUCAUGAAUGGAAUUCAAUAAAUAUAAUAUUCAUUGAAGCACUGAAAUAACCAUAUUUUCAUAAAACAGACAAUUUAAAGUCUCAUUUAAAAUUAAAUACAAUUUGCAAUUAUUUAA